AUGGCGUCAUUCACCAACCCAUUCGACGAGGCUGGCUUCAGCUCCCAAGUGGCGCGCAUCCCGCCCCCUGAAACUGACCCUGAUGUGGAUGUGAGCAUCUUUUACCGCCGAUCGCCAUCCUCGGACAAGCCCAAGCGCGGCAUCUUGCUGCUGCACGGCCAUCCGCAGACACACGUGAUCUGGGCGAACAUCGCACCGGCGCUUGCUGCCGAGGGAAGCUGGGAUGUGGUGGUGCCGGACAACCGCGGCAACGGCAACAACGACGGCCCGGCACCCAAGAGCGGGCCGGGAUACUCGAGGUACUCGAAGCGCGAAAUGGCACGCGACAUGGUCGAGCUCAUGCGCCAGUUGGGCCACGACGAGUUCUUUGUUGUCGCGCACGACCGCGGCGCGAGGAUCGCACAUCGUAUGGCACUCGAUGCACCCGAUAAGAUCAAGAAGCUCAUCCUGCUCGACAUUGCUCCCACGUUGGACAUGUAUGAGAAGACGGACAAACGAUUUGCGUCUCUCUACUGGCACUGGUUCUUCCUGUUGCAGCCCUCGCUUCCGGAACGCUUCAUCCUUGCCGAUCCGCACGCGUACUACAAUGCGCUUGUCGCGCGCUUCCCUCGCAGCACGCCGAGCUCAGGUUCUGCCCAGACUGCCGUCGACGAGUGGCGGGCGGAAGUGCAUCUAGCGAAUCUGUCGCGCGAGAGCUCGGUGGCUGCCAUGUGCGAAGACUACCGUGCUUCGGCACCCAUCAAUGCGCCCGACCUGGCCCUGGAUCGACGCGACCGCGAGCGCGGCCACAAGAUCGCCUGCCCGCUGCGCGUCAUCUGGGGCAAGGAGGGCGUGAUCCAAGCGCUGUACGACGCGCUCGAUCUGUGGCAAAAGUGCGCACACCAAAAGGUGGAAGGUCGAGCACUCGAUUGCGGUCACUACAUCCCCGAAGAGGCGCCACACGAGGUGCUGGCCGAGAUCAAGUCGUUCUUUGGCUGA